GGCUCCUAAACAUUUCUUUAUUUUGAAUCUUACACUUAAAUUUUAAAGACAAAAUUGUUAGUAAAGCGUUUUAUAAAAAUGCCAGUCCUGGAAUUGUUUACUGUUAUGGACAACGUCUAUCAUGGAUUUCGACGUUGCUUUGGACCCGAAAAACCGACUCGAGGGACCAAGUUGCCAGCAAAUAAUACGAUAAAAAAAUUGAGCAAACGCCGUCGCAGGAUAUUAAAUAACAAACGGAGUUCGCGACAUUCGCGAAGAAAUAAUUUUCCGACCUACGAGAAAAGCGAAGAGAGUGUGGCUAACUCACUAGAACUAAAGGAAUAUUUUACCAGGGGAAAAUUUCCUGCCUCAAUUACCUUAGGCCGUGAACCAGAUAUAAACCCUUCGCUAGAUCUGCUAAAUCGCCGGCGACUCCAAAAUCGUCCGCUGAUUCUAAAUGCCCGCCAGGUUUUUCAAGUUCAGUGGGGAUGUUGGUGGCAGAGGAGUUGGCCCACUCUUGUGGCAGCCAGUAUGCAGAUGAGUUGCGGAUCCUCGGUGCUUUGUCAUUCGCUGUUGGGUUUGUAUGAUGACGAGGAAUCGGAUCCACCAAUCGUGGUGCUCAUGUGCUACUUCGGGCAGGCUCUUAAAAAACUUUGCAAGCAGGCAGAUCUGGCCAUUUGCAGUAAUGGUCAUGGGCCCACCUACAUAACCACCUCAGCCGCCAUGGAGUUGAUCGACAUUCGCGACUUUUUUCAGCAAAUCAACAAUGCCCUGGUAGACUAUCUCCUCAGGGUCGCUGAUUCCGAGAUAUCUAUUGGCGAAUAGAAUAACUUGGAAAUUCCUAAAA